AGCCAGUUUGGCCCAGCCCGUUCCGCAUUGUUUUGCCUCCCUGGCGGUCGAGAAACUGGCCGUUAGGACCUGUCCGCGAUGAGCAAGAGCGGAGUCGUCAAGUUUUUCAACGAGGAGAAGGGAUACGGAUUUCUCGUCCAGGAUGACGGCAUGCCAGACUUGUUCGCGCACCGCAACGAUUGCGUUGGCAACAUGUUGCAAGAGGGCGACAGGGUGACAUAUGACGAGGCUCAAAACGACCGCAACGGUAAACCUCAGGCCAAGAACGUGACGGGAGGCACUGGGGGGCCCAACAUUGGUGGUGGCGGUGGUGGUGGCGGCAGGGGCAAGGGCGGCAAGGGCGGUAAGGGCGGCUUCGGCGGCGGCCCGGGGCCCAUGAUGGGCGGCGGAGGCUUCGGUGGAUGCCCAGGCGGCGGCUUCGGUGGCGGGGUGAAGACUGGGAUGGUGAAGCACUUCAACGACGAGAAGGGCUUCGGCUUCAUCGUUCAGGACGACGGGUCGCCGGACAUCUUCGCCCACAGGAACAACGUCAGCGGCAACGCCCUGCAGGAGGGCGACCGCGUGACCUACGAGGCGGGCGUGGACGACCGCAACGGCAAGCCCUGCGCGGUAAAUAUCUCUGGAGGCACUGGCAGCGGCGGGGGCGGCGGCAAGGGCGGCGGCAAGGGUGGCAGAGGCAAGGGCGGCGGCAAGGGCGGCGGCGGCAGGGGCGGCGGCGGAGGCGACUUCGGCAACCCGGGGGGCGACUACGGCUGCGGCGGCGGGGGCGGCUUCGGCGGCGGGGGCAUGGGCAUGGGCGGGCGCGGUGGCGACCUCGGUGGCAUGCCCGAUCCCUACGGCGGUGGCAUGAUGGGGCGCAUGGGCGGCGGGAUGCCCGAUCCCUACGGGGCGCCGCGGGACCCCUACGCCGGCGGCGGCCCCGGCGGCUUCGGCGCCCCCCCGCAGCGCGGCUUCGGCGGCUGCCCGGGCGGGGCGCCGCCCCCCUACGGAGACGCGCCGUACGGGGCCCCCGGCCCGAUGGGCGGCAUGCCGUUCCCGCCCUAUGGUGCCAGCAUGCCCUACGGCGGCGGUGGCGGCUACAAGGGUGGUUUCUGAGAGCCACCGUGGCGGCCACCGGAAGGAGCGCCGCCACCGCACCUGUCCGCUGGAGCUCCUCCCAGGCCGAGGGAAUCGGUGCGGGCUGGCAAAUAAUCUAAAGGAGCCUGACCACUAGCAUCGCUCCCACAGAGGCUGUCUCGAAGCACCAUGCGCAGUGGUUUAGGGGAGUCGCUUUCAAUUGAUAUCGGAGACACUGCACAUCGCUGGCUACAGGUACAUUCAACCCUCGCUGAUGCGGCGCUGCUGAGCUGCAUUCCAGUCGCCACCUCGUUUGGUUGCGUGCCAGCGGGUCGUAAAGGCCACAAGAAGUUCACGUCUCACUUACAGGGACAACUAUACAGUACUGCGCAUCCUGCAUGCCACGUCGGCAUAGACCUGCGGCACGUCCAUACUGAUUGGGGCCGCGUUUGCUCUGGGCUCCGGGGAGGGAGGACGCUGCAAUGUUGCUAUUUACGUACGUUGUUUUGCUACCUUGCGCGUGUGAGCCAAUCAUUGAUUCUUGCGAGAACGACACCACUCGACCGUUGAAUACACUCCCC